GUGGAAAAAGUUGGCACGUAGAUUGUAAACCGCUCAAAGAUGUGGCACGAGGCGCGCAAGCAAGAGCGUCUCAUCCGAGGCCUCAUUCGCAUUGAUUACCGUAAAAGGGCCGAGAGAAGGCAAGACUUUUAUGCAAAAAUUCAAGCCGAUCCCACACAAUUUAUACAAGUUCACGGCAGGCGUUGUAAAAUACAUUUGGACCCAGCCGUUGCUGCCGCCGGCGACGGAGCCGCCAUCAUUGUACCGUGGCAAGGGCAGCAGGACAAUCUUAUUGAUCGCUUUGAUGUGCGUGCCCAUCUCGACUAUAUACCGCCCGUUGUGAAGCCCAGCGCUAACGACGGGACAGAUGCCGAUGCCGAUAUCACACAAGAGGAGCGUCAAUUGAAUUACGAACGCUAUCGCAUCUUGGCCCAAAACGAUUUUCUCAACGUCAACGAGGACAAGUUUUUGCACCAGCUUUACUUGGAAGAACAGUUUGGCGCCAACGCCCAGCUGGAGGCUGAACGUAAUCAGGGCAGGAAGAAACAAAAGACUGGCGGAGCCACUAUCGGCUACUCCUAUGAAGAUGCAGGCGAGUCAAGUAGCGCCAUAGGCCCGCAGCCUUUCGGCCAUUUGAUGAACGUGGCAUCACAGCCCCCAAGCACUGCCAGCUCUGGCGUGGCUGUCAAAACCGAAAAGGAAGGCUCCGACGAAUCGGACGAUUCGGACAUUGAUAUGGACGUUUCCAUCGAUAUAGCCAAACUAGAGACUGCCCAGGCGCAUGAACUUAAUGCAUGUGGCCGCAACUAUGGGAUGAAGGGCAACGAUUUCUUCAGCCAUUUGACGCGUGAUGCAGACGAAAUCGAAUCCUUGCGCAUCGCUCGCGAAGAGGAGCAAGAAAAAAUGUUACUCAGUGGUCGUAAGUCACGCCGUGAGCGUCGUGCGCAAAAAGAACGAAGAAUUGCUAAUCGACCUUUUAGUCCGCCCAGCUACGCGGCUAAGGAAGAGAAAGGAAAACACGACAAGGACGAAGAAAGCGAUUCGCGAUCGCCAUCUCCGGCUGAUGGUGGCGGUGAGAAAAUAACCUAUAUAACCUCAUUUGGCGGCGAAGAUGAGAUGCAGCCUCACUCAAAAAUUACCAUUAACAUCGCUAAGCCUGGGCAAACUCUGGGAGAGUCGUGCAUUAGUGCCAGUAGUGGAGCUGCCGCUUCUGGACAUGUCACUUAUGCACAAAAGGUGAAGGACAAUCUCGAUAAAUUGAAAAUCAUGAAUGAGACGGCCAAACGCACGGGACGCCGUCGUUCUCAGUCACGCAGCCGCAGUCGUAGUCGCAAGCGAAGCAGGCGUCGUAGCUAUCAUCGCUCGCGUAGUCACUCCAGGCGCCGACGCAGAUAUCGUUACUCCCGCUCUCGUUCUAGCUCUAGAAACCGUUAUGCCUCACGCAGUCCCAGCUACAAACGAUCUCGUAAGCGCUAUACUUCUUCUUCGCGGAGCUCCAGUACAAGUUCUUAUGAGAUGUCUCACAGAAGGCGUACGCGUACCAGCACAAUCUCACGUUCUCCGUCUCCUGCACGACGAGAUCGGCCGUUAGCAAAGAAAAGGUCACCGCCUACAGUAACUAAAACAUUCUGCAUGAGCACCACAACCACGACCACAACUAUAACAGCGCCUGCUCACGUGCCGACAAAACUUAUGCCACAACAAAAGCCAGUUAUUAGUCAGGCGGUAGCCCCAACACCACCUAUGAUCAGCUACCCGUUGCCUACGCGAACCAUGACCUUAAGCACCGCAAUUUCAGCUGCAGCCCCAAUCCCUGCGGCUGCCUUGCAGCAGGUAGUGGAGCCACCGCCGCCGCCCUUGAAACGCUACUAUGGACGGAAGCGCGACGACACAUCCUCGUCCUCAACGGAGAGCAGCGGCGCCAGUGAUGCUGAGACCGAUCCGACCAAAUUGCAGCGCAACCGUGCGGAACGGGACGAUUCGGAGGAGCCUGAUGUGGACACUGCCUCGGAAUGCUCACAUCCGCUGCAGCCAUCAAUGUCGUCAUCCACCAGCACUGGUAAUCAAACAGGCAAAUAUAGUUCUGCUACCGAAACCAAAGGCUGUGGACAAGGAUCGAGUGCGACAGGCGGAGGUGGACGUCCCAAUCUGCGCGAGCGGCUUAAACGCAAGAUGCAGAACUUACUUAAUAGGCAAUAUAAAGCCGAUAAGCGUGCAGAAAUUGAGAAAACCGAGAGGGAGCGCCAGCAGCAGCAAGUGCGCGAGGAUGAGAUGCGGGAGCUAGCGCUGAAGCUACGGCGAAGGCGACGAGAACUGCGGCACAAGUACGGUACACCAUCAAGUGGAAAAAUAACAGACAGUGAGGCCGAGUCAGUGGAGUCAGAAUCGCAAAGCAAGCUAGUUAAGCCUCCCCGGCGUAGUCGAUCGAAUAGCUACCGCAGUCCUAGUCGAAAACGAAGCCCACCGGAGGCUCAGUCGGCAUCGCAUCGUCAGUUCCGCCGCAGCAACAGUCGGGGUAUCCGUAGACGCCGGAGCACAAGUCGGGAUCGCCGACAACGUUCAUGUUCGCGCAGCCGACGUAGCAGUAGUCGCAUGGAGCGGAAGAGGCGCUCACGCAGUCGCCGCAGUGUCAGUAGGGAUCGCAGACGAUCUAGGAGUCGGCGUCGGCGCAGCAUGGACAGAAAUCGUGAUAGAGAACGUAGCAUGGAGCGGAAUCGUGAGAGGGAACGGGAACGCGAACGGGAGAGGGAUCGAGAUCGAGAGCGGUAUCGACAGCAUGGUCGUGGAGAUCGAAGGGAUCGCGUUGAGGAGCAUAGACAUGGCAGCGGCACCGCCAGCAGCGGAAAUCGUGGCCGCGUUGUCAUUUCCGCACCGCCCAAACUUAAAAAACUAGUUGACUAUUGAUUUUCUAAAUCAACAUAACAAAUUUUCAAUUGUUUUAGGCAGUACGAUUUUGUAUUGUAUGAUCCAACGUUUAUUGUUAUUCUAUUGUCCUGAAUAAAGUUAUUUAGGUAAGCA